AUGAGAACAUUGAGAUACAGAACAGCAAAAUAAGAAAUGAAUGAUAUCAGUAAAGCUUUAUAAUCUGUGGGUUCAGUAUAAUUUAUGUACAUAAUCAUGUAGAUGUCAAAAUAAGGAGGAAAUCCAUUUAUAGAGAUCAAGAGAACUUUAGAAGAAUUUUAUGCAAAGAUAACUAUAUUAGCUAAAUCAGAUUCUCCUCUUUUAACUUUGGCCGGUUCACUAGAAGAACUGUUACAAUUAGAUUUUCAAGGAUCUUGCUAGAUUAAUUUUGGAUGAAUACAAUUCAGAAAAGAAUAGAAUUAAUAAGUUAAGCAAAUAGAAAUUAACAAUUAUAUGAGGAAAGAGGAGAAAGAAGACAAAUAUACAACAAUUAAACUUUAUAAUUUAUAAUUCUAAAAUUGAGGAAUUUAAUAGUUUUUGUGAUGAAAUAUAAAAUAUUUAAACAUUUGUAGAGAAUAAAUAAAAGGGUUUAGAGGAUAGUGGGAGUUCUCAAGAUAUUUUAAGAAUAUUUGAGGUUCAAUGAGGGGAUAGCAAUUAGAGUUGAUAAAUCAUUAAUUAGUAAGGCGUCAGCAAUUUAAGAUGCAUUAAAAUAAAUAGGUAAUGAUGUAAAUUGUUAAGUGGGAUGA